CAAAGUCCGAAAAGCAUCCCAGUUGUCUCCAGACACCACGAAAUGCAUGGAUUGACACCAGUCGUCUACUCAUAAUGCAGUGUUUUACGGAGCUGGCGCCUCCCACUGCCGCCACACACUCCCUGACCUUACCCUUCACUUCUGGAACCGCUACGAAUCUCAUUGUCGCAAAGACCUCGUUGCUCCAGAUCUUCUCCGCCAAGACCGUUACGGUGGAGCUUGAGGCUGCAGGUUCAGGUGGUGACAACGAAGAUACGGAAGAUGCGAUCAUCAACAGCAGACAAUUGGGGGGCGACGAAGAUGGAUUCGAGUCCUCGUUUCUCGACCCAGACGCCGUCCAACGUUCAACACUCGCAAGCACAACAAAGCUCGUUUUGGUCGGCGAGUAUGCGCUCGCUGGAACUGUAACAUCGUUGGCACGCAUCAAGAUAUCCGACUCGAAGUCCGGGGGAGAGUCCUUGUUGCUCUCUUUCAAGGACGCAAAGCUUAGUUUGGUGGAGUGGGACCCAGAGAGACAUGGACUAUCGACAGUCUCAAUUCAUUACUACGAGCAAGAAGAAAUUGGCGGAUCUCCUUGGGAUCCAUAUCUUAGCAACUGCUUCAACUACUUGACAGCAGACCCUCGUGGCCGUUGUGCUGCGCUAAAAUUCGGAGCACGCAACCUGGCGAUCUUACCAUUUCGCCAGGGCGAUGAAGAUACCGCAAUGGACGACUGGGACGAAGAACUCGAUGGCCCAAGGCCAACUACCGCAAUAAUUACAAGCGACAACAAAGGCCAUGAAGAUACGCCUUAUGCACCGUCAUUUGUUCUCCGACUAUCGUCACUUGAUCCAACCCUCAUCCAUACCGUUCACCUAGCAUUUCUUUACGAGUACCGCGAGCCUACGUUUGGAAUUCUAUCUUCAACAUUGUCGCCAUCCUCCUCCCUCCUCGAUGAGCGGAAAGAUCAACUCUCAUACAUGGUCUUCACGUUGGACCUCAACCAAAAGGCAUCAACGACCAUCUUAGUAGUGACCGGCCUCCCGUACGACUUAUUUAAAGUGAUUCCUCUGCCAUCGCCCGUUGGCGGAGCACUUCUUGUUGGAGGCAAUGAACUCAUUCAUAUUGAUCAGUCUGGAAAAGCCAAUGGUGUUGCAGUCAAUGCACUUGCGAAAUCUUGUACAUCCUUCGGCCUCGUCGACCAGUCAUCCUUGGAAAUGAGGCUUGAAGGCUGUGCUGUUGAACAACUAUCGGCCGACAAUGGUGAAAUGCUCAUUAUCUUAAAUACCGGCGAACUUGCGAUCCUCAGUUUCCGAAUGGAUGGCCGCUCUGUCUCCGGGCUAAACUUGCGCCGCGUUCCUUCAGAAUCCGGCAUUUCCAUGGGUGCCCAGGCAUCAUGCACCAGCCUUAUCAACCACAAUUCAAUGUUUAUCGGCAGCGAAGAUACUGAUUCUAUUGUUCUUGGAUGGUCUAGGAAGGCAAAGCAGGCUGGCAGGCGGCGGUCGCAGCCAACCAUUGACGCCGGAGAUGAUGCCGAUGUGGAUGGGACUGACGAGGACCAAGAAGAUGAAGACGAAGACGAUUUGUACGGCGAAUCCACAGCUGCGAUUCCUUUGAAGGGCGAAGUAGCUGCGGAGUCGAACAGCAAAUCUGGCGACUAUGCUUUUCGCAUUCACGACUCCCUGGUUAAUAUUGCCCCUUUGAGGGAUGUCACUCUUAGUAAGCCGGAUUCUUCUCGGCACAAUGAGAACGAGGAAGCUUCCAGCAGCACAAGACGUAAUUUUGAACUUGUGGGAGUUACCGGCCGAAAUAUGAGUGGCUCCUUGUCAUUUUUGAGGAGGGAAAUCCAACCGAGUGUCAUCGGUCGCUUCGAAUUUCCGGAGGCACGGGGAAUAUGGACUCUGUGUGCCAAACGGCCUUUGAUCAAGGGAUUGGAAACCGAAAAAUCCGAAACCACAUUAGAUACGGAAUCUGAGCUUGGAGCCCAGUUUGACCGUCUUAUGAUUGUGUCAAAAUCAACUGACGAUACGCCAGAGGAGUCAUCAGUAUAUGUACUAACAUCGGCAGGGUUUGAAGCUUUGGCAGAUACCGAAUUCGAGCCUGCAGCUGGAGCAACCAUCGAAUGCGGGACUGUAGGUAAUGGUAUGAGAGUCGUCCAGAUAUUGAAAUCGGAAGUCAGGAGCUAUGAUGGCGACCUUGGAUUGGCUCAGAUUCUGCCAAUGUUCGACGAUGAAACUGGCGCCGAGCCAAAGAUUGUCGCUGCAAGCAUAGUUGACCCCUACAUGUUGCUAAUCAGGGACGAUGCAAGCAUAUUUGUUGCUUCAUGUGACAGCGACAACGAUCUGGAAGAGAUUGAAAGGGGAGACGAUAGCUUGUUGACAAAUAAGUGGCUCUCUGGCUGCCUCUACAAUGAUUCUACGGGCAAGUUUUCCGAGACAGGAUCGUCAAAUGGAACCGGCACAGAAAAGACUGUUAUCAUGUCCCUGUUGAAUGCCGAGGGUGCUCUCUUUAUGUAUGCGCUGCCAGAUCUGAGCAAGCCAAUAUACCAGGCCACUGGAGUAUCGUUUAUACCUACAACAAUCUCCCCCGACUAUGCAACUCGCAGGUCCACUGUGGCUGAGACCUUGACUGAGGUCUUGCUUGCUGAUCUCGGUGAUUCUACGUCAAAAUCACCAUACCUCAUUUUCCGAGCGUCAAAUGACGAUCUUACAAUAUACGAGCCAUUCCGAGUCCCAUCUGAGGCUCCACGUCCUUUAUUGAAAUCUCUGCAUUUUCAAAAGAUCCAUAACCCUCACUUAGCAAAGACCGCGAAUCCAGAGAAGGAAGUGGCUGCUGAUCCAGAGUCAGCAAAACGAGAUUCCCCUAUGCGGGCAAUCGCCAAUGUCGGUGGCCUUUCAAGUGUCUUCUUGCCGGGUGACUCGCCUUCGUUCGUGGUCAAGAGCUCUAAGAGUACACCACGGGUUGUUGGGCUGGGAGGUAAUGGUGUUCGGAGCUUAAGCAGCUUCCACACAGAAGGAUGCGAUCGCGGAUUCAUAUAUGUUGAUUCGAAAGGGAUUGCUCGCGUUUCCCAACUAGAGCCGGAAACAAAUGUGACCGACGUUGGGUUGACGCUACGAAAGGUAAAGAUCGGAGAGGAAAUUCAAGCCGUGACAUAUCAUCCUCCGAAGGAUGUGUAUGUUAUUGGCACGAUGAUCAAGGAGCCAUUUGAGCUACCCAAGGAUGAUGAUUACCACCGGGAGUGGGCAAAGGAAGAUAUAACCUUCAAGCCGCUGACUGGGCGCGGGUUCCUGAAGCUGCUUAGCCCAACCACCUGGUCAGUAAUUGACGAGGUUGAACUCGACCCCCACGAGAUCAUCAUGUGCAUCAAGACACUCAACCUUGAAGUAUCUGAGAAUACGCACGAGCGGAAACAGCUCAUCACAGUCGGUACCGCGAUAUCCAAGGGAGAGGAUCUGGCCAUCCGGGGCCGCGUCUACGUCUACGAGGUCAUCACUGUCGUUCCAUUCCCUAACCGCCCAGAGACCAACAAGAAGCUGAAGCUCAUUGCCAAGGAAGAAAUCCCUCGUGGCGCCAUCACUGGGAUAUCUGAAAUCGGGACACAGGGGUUUAUGAUUGUCGCGCAGGGCCAAAAGUCCAUGGUGAGAGGCUUGAAAGAAGACGGGACUCUGCUCCCUGUAGCAUUCAUCGAUAUGAACACAUAUGUGACAACUGUCAAGUCGUUGCCAGGUACGGGCAUGUGCCUCUUUGCCGAUGCCAUCAAAGGUGUCUGGUUUGCUGGUUACUCCGAGGAACCAUACAAAAUGACUAUCUUUGGCAAGCAGUCGCAAGGCAUGGAGGUAAUAACCGCCGACUUAUUACCUAUCGGCGAUGAAUUAUACAUCGUCGUUGCAGACUCAGACUGCAACUUGCACGUUCUACAGUUCGACCCAGAGCAUCCAAAGUCUCUCCACGGCCAACUCCUCCUGCAACGUACAACAUUCUCCCUCGGCGGGCACAUGCCUACCACAAUGACGCUGCUCCCUCUCACCACCGCUCAGGCCCCCACCCCAGCCGUAACCUCAACAGAGUCUGAACCCACGAACCCAGUCUCAGGGUUACUCAUGACGCUUUCCAGUGGCGCAAUCGCCGUCCUCACCCCGCUCUCCGAACAACAAUACCGACGACUAAAUGCCCUCAGCAAUCACCUGUCGAACCUUCUCUACCACCCUGCAGGCCUUAAUCCGAAAGCUCACAGGAUAAGCAACACGGCGCCCGAAGCCGUGAUUGGAGGCCGACCAAUCGUGGACGGCAGUGUGUUGUGGAGAUGGCUGGAGCUGGGAAGCCAGAAGCGGGCGGAGGUGGCGGGGCGGGUAGGCGUUGACGGAGAGACUAUUCGGGAAGAUCUCCAAGAGAUUGCUGCGGGACUAGGGUAUUUGUGAGGAGGGUUGGCGGUCUCAGGGUCUCAGGGGUACUCGUGUCGCCAGAGAGUCUGAGAAGGGACCGGGCGGAACAGCCACCCAAAGGUUCCAAACAGCCCACAGACGCUGUUGUUGCUCAAGUAGCUUGUAGAAAUUAAAAAUUAAAAUAUGAUUCUCAAUCACUC